AUGAUGCCCACUAGCUGGCCUCCGGCACCGCCUCCAGGCAUUGCCUACGGAGCACCUCCCGCCAACUAUGCUUACCCUCCCAAUCCAGCAUACACCGCAGUCCAGGCUCGACAAAGCUUCGGCCAGUAUCCUCCCCCACCCGCUGCACCUGCCUACAGUACUUCGCCGCCUCCCUUGGCUGCUCCCUUCGACCAAGCUGCUCCUGUUGCUCCUGCCCCGGCUCCACGAAAGGUUGAAUGGCCACCCUCCGUCCGCGAUUACGUCCAACGGUCUUUCCUGCCUCAUAACAUGGACCCCUCCGUGCCACGCCCCGAGAUUGAAGCCAAGUUGAAGGAGACCAUUUCCCAGCACAUGGAGAACGGCACUCUCGAGUCAACCGACUGGGAGAAGAUGCCAUUUCCCUCCGAUCUGAUCCGAAACGAGCGCCAGUCCCAGCUCAACUCCGCUAUGAACGUAUCAUCUCCAUUUGCAUCGCGAUAUGAUGGUUCAAUGUCUGCCAACCCCAAGAAGAGAAAGUCGUCUGAUUUUACCCCGGAUGAAAAGUCUUCUGCCGUGCCUUGGCGUACUACUAACAGCAACCGAUCCAACGCACUGGAAGACCGAAUCACCUUCGCCUCCCCCGACAAACGCGCCAACCUCGAUGAGCCACUGCCCAAGUCAAGUAAGUUCCAGAAGCAGUUGGAGAAACGUCAACGCCGCUUCGAUGGCGGCUACAAAUCCUCGUACCGAUCGCCUAGCCCUCCGCCCUCUGAUGGACCCGUCGUCGGCACCAGCGAAACUUUGGAGAAGCGCUACCUGCGUCUGACCGCUCCUCCCGUGGCCUCCAUGGUUCGGCCCGAGCGCGUCCUUCACAAGACGAUGGAUCUCCUGAAGAAGAAGUGGAAGAAGGAGGGCAACUACUCUUACAUCUGCGACCAGCUGAAAUCCAUGCGGCAAGAUCUGACAGUGCAGCGGAUCAAGAACGACUUUACAGUCACCGUUUACGAACUCCACGCUCGUAUUGCGUUGGAGAAGGGGGACCUUGGUGAGUAUAAUCAGUGCCAAACCCAGCUGCGUACUCUGUACGCAAAGGGACUGAAAGGAAACCCCAUCGAGUUCAAGGCAUAUCGCAUUUUGUACUUUAUUCACACUGCCAACCGUACCGGCCUGAAUGAUGCCUUGGCAGAUCUAACCACAGCAGAGAAGGAGGAACGACCCAUCAAGCAUGCGCUCCAGGUGCGGUCCGCUCUUGCCUUGGGUAACUACCACAAGUUCUUCCAGCUUUACCUGGACACCCCUAACAUGGGUGCAUACCUCAUGGACAUGUUCGUCGUUCGUGAGCGGCUAGCUGCUCUGUGCAACAUUUGCAAAGCAUACAAGCCAGACGUAAAGUUACGGUUCAUCACGGAGGAACUCGGCUUCGAGUCCGACGUUGAUGCGGCUCAAUUCAUUGUCGACUACAAUGGUCAGCAUCUGCUCGAGGAACGACAAGAGUCUAUUGCUCUCUUGACCGGCAAAGCCGGAGCCCUCUUCGACUCCGCCAGAAGCGAGGCUUUCCGCAAGGUUGACAUCAAAGGACAGAUAUGA